AUGCGUCCCGAGGUCGAGCAAGAUCUGGCCCACACCCUGCUCGUGGAGCUCCUGGCGUACCAAUUCGCAUCGCCAGUGAGAUGGAUCGAGACCCAGGACGUCAUCCUUGGCGAGAAGACGACAGAAAGGAUAGUGGAAGUCGGUCCUGCAGACACACUUGGAGGCAUGGCGAAGCGGACACUAGCAGCAAAGUAUGAAGCAUACGAUGCCGCACGAUCAGUACAACGGCAGAUUCUGUGCUACAACAAGGACGCGAAGGAUAUUUACUACGAUGUGGACCCCGUGGAAGAUGAGCCUGCGCCGGCUGCUGCACCAAGUGCUGGAAACGCCGCGCCUGCAGCAGCAGCAUCAGCAGCGUCCUCGUCAGCCCCUGCUCCAGCAGCUGCUGCUCCGCCGGCGGCGGCGGCGGCGGCAAGCUCUGGACCAGCGGCGGCCGUGGCAGAUGCACCAGUGGGCGCUGUCGACAUCUUGAGAGCCCUGGUUGCCCAGAAGCUCAAGAAGCCACUCGCAGACAUUCCACUCAGCAAAGCCAUCAAGGACUUGGUUGGAGGCAAGUCGACCCUUCAAAACGAAAUCCUUGGUGACCUCGGAAAAGAGUUCGGCUCAACACCAGAGAAGCCGGAAGACACUCCUCUCGAUGAGUUAGGUGCAUCGAUGCAGGCUACCUUCAAUGGUCAGCUUGGCAAGCAGUCCUCCUCGCUCAUCGCCCGCAUGGUUUCCUCCAAGAUGCCCGGUGGCUUCAACAUCACAGCUGUGCGAAAACACCUAGAAACAAAGUGGGGUCUUGGAACUGGGCGACAAGAUGGCGUUCUGCUGCUUGCACUUACCAGUGAACCCGCGUCGCGUCUCGGCUCCGAAAAUGACGCCAAGUCAUGGUUGGACGACACUGCACAGAAGUAUGCUGCAAACGCUGGCAUUAGCUUGUCGACUGGACCUGCUGCUGGAGAGGGCGGUGCUGCUGGGGGUGGCAUGAUGAUGGACCCAGCUGCCAUCGAUGCCCUCACCAAGGAUCAGCGAGCAUUGUUCAAGCAGCAGCUUGAGCUCUUCGCUCGAUACCUCAAGAUGGACCUACGAGCAGGAGACAAGGCGGCAAUUGCGACGAAGCGGAAUGAGGCUGCACUCCAGGCACAACUCGAUUUGUGGAACACCGAACACGGUGAAUUCUACGCCGCUGGCAUUGAGCCCUCCUUCAGCCCACUCAAGGCACGCGUCUACGACUCAUCCUGGAAUUGGGCACGACAAGAUGCACUUACGAUGUACUACGAUAUCAUCUUCGGGCGCCUGAAGGCUGUUGAUCGCGAGAUUGUCUCCCGAUGCAUCCUUAUCAUGAACAGAUCCAACCCAAGUCUCCUCGAAUUCAUGCAGUACCACAUCGACCACUGUCCCACGGAACGAGGCGAGACGUACGAGCUGGCAAAAGAGUUGGGACAACAGCUUAUUGAGAACUGCCGCGACGUCCUGGGUGAGGCACCCGUCUACAAGGACGUCGCAAUGCCGACUGCACCACAUCUAACCAUCUCACCUCGUGGUGAUAUGGAUUACGAAGAGCAGCCACGUGCCAGCGUCCGCAAGCUCGAGCACUACGUUCGGGAGAUGGCCGAGGGAGGCAAGAUCUCAGAAUACGGCAACAGGACCAAGGUGCAGAACGACCUCCAGCGAGUCUACAAGCUCAUCCGACAACAACACAAGCUUUCUAAGUCAUCCCAGCUCGAGAUCAAGUCGCUCUACAGCAACAUCGUCCGAUCGCUCUCGAUGAAUGAAGGCCAGAUCAUGCCCACCGAGAAUGGUAAGGCGAACGGCCACAUCAAGAAGGCCGGUCGCAACGGGCGUGUCAACGGGGCUGUCAAGUCCGGCAAGGUCGAGACUGUACCAUUCUUGCACUUGAAGCGCAAGGAAGAGCACGGCUGGGAAUACAGCAAGAAGCUCACGAGCGUGUAUCUUGAUGGCCUCGAGAAGGCAGCGAGCGGCGGUGUCACAUACCAGGGCAAGCACGUUCUGAUGACUGGUGCUGGUGCUGGGUCCAUUGGUGCCGAUGUCCUUCAAGGUCUAGUCAGCGGUGGCGCCAAGGUGAUUGUCACCACAUCUCGCUUCUCGCGCGAGGUCACCGAGUACUACCAAGCCAUGUACGCUCGCUAUGGCGCUCGUGGGUCGCAGCUUGUGGUCGUUCCUUUCAACCAGGGAAGCUUGCAGGAUGUCAACGCCCUUGUCGACUACAUUUACGACGAGAAGAAGGGCCUCGGCUGGGACCUCGACUUCAUCGUGCCGUUCGCUGCUAUCCCAGAGAAUGGUCGUGAGAUCGACAGCAUCGACAGCAAGUCUGAGCUCGCCCAUCGCAUCAUGCUCACCAAUCUGUUGCGCAUGCUUGGUGCGGUCAAGGCUCAGAAGGCUACUCGCGGCUUCGAGACUCGUCCAGCGCAGGUCAUCCUCCCACUCUCGCCAAACCACGGUACCUUCGGGAACGAUGGUCUGUACUCGGAAUCGAAGCUGGCGCUUGAAACACUGUUCAACAGAUGGUACUCUGAGAGCUGGGGUAACUUCCUCACCAUCUGUGGUGCCGUUAUUGGUUGGACUCGUGGCACUGGUCUCAUGGGUGGCAACAACAUUGUCGCCCAAGGUGUCGAGAAGUACGGUGUCCGCACUUUCUCGCAGCAAGAGAUGGCUUUCAACUUGCUCGGUCUGAUGUCACCCUCAAUCGUCAACCUCUGCCAGCAGGAGCCCGUCUUUGCUGAUCUGAACGGUGGUCUCCAGUUCUUGCCAAAUCUCAAGGAUCUGAUGACUCGCCUGCGCAAGGAGAUCACAGAAACUGCUGAGAUCCGCCGCGCUGUCACUCGCGAGACUUCUGUUGAGAACAAGAUCAUCAACGGUGAGGACAGCGAGGCAUUCUACAAGACUGUCAAGGUCGACAAGCGUGCCAACCUCAAAUUUGACUUCCCCAAGCUCCCAGACUGGAAGUCGGAAGUUGAGCCACUCAACGCCGACCUCAAGGGCAUGGUUGAUCUUGAGAAGGUCGUUGUGGUCACUGGUUUCUCUGAGGUUGGUCCUUGGGGUAACUCCAGAACUCGAUGGGAGAUGGAAGCAUAUGGCCAGUUCUCGCUUGAGGGCUGUGUCGAAAUGGCCUGGAUCAUGGGUCUCAUCAAGAACCACAACGGUCCCCUCAAGGGCAAGAGCUACUCCGGCUGGGUUGAUGCGAAGUCUGGUGAGCCUGUCGAUGACAAGGACAUCAAGGCUAAGUACGAGAAGCACAUCCUCGACCAUGCUGGUAUCCGCCUUAUUGAGCCGGAGCUGUUCAAUGGCUACGACCCGAACAAGAAGCAACUUAUGCAGGAGAUUCAGAUCGAGGAGGACCUUGAUCCGUUCGAGUCGUCCAAGGAGACCGCUGCCGAGUUCAAGCGCGAGCACGGCGAGAAGGUCGAGACCUUCGAGCUCGAAUCUGGCGAGUACCAGGUCCGUCUGAAGAAGGGCGCCACUCUUCUCAUCCCCAAGGCCCUUCGAUUCGACCGCCUGGUCGCUGGUCAAAUUCCCACCGGAUGGGACGCCAAGCGGUACGGUGUUCCAGACGACAUCAUCUCCCAAGUCGACCCUGUCACCCUUUACGUCCUGGUGUCCACUGCUGAGUGUCUGUUGGCAUCUGGUAUCACUGAUCCAUACGAGUUCUACAAGUAUGUGCACAUCUCGGAAGUCGGUAACUGCAUAGGUUCCGGUAUUGGCGGUACUACCGCUUUACGUGGAAUGUAUAAGGACCGCUUCCUUGACAAGCCUCUGCAGAAAGACAUUCUGCAGGAGUCCUUCAUCAACACUAUGAGUGCCUGGAUCAACAUGUUGCUCAUCUCAUCCACCGGUCCAAUCCGCACACCUGUUGGUGCUUGCGCAACUGCUGUUGAGUCCAUUGACAUUGGAUACGACUGCAUUGUGGAAGGCAAGGCCCGCAUGUGCUUCGUCGGUGGUUUCGAUGACUUUCAGGAAGAAGGCUCGUACGAAUUCGCCAACAUGGGCGCCACCAGCAAUGCCAAGGACGAAAUGGCUCGCGGCCGCACACCACAGGAGAUGUCGCGUCCUACCACCACCACCCGAAACGGCUUCAUGGAGUCGCAGGGUUGCGGUAUGCAAGUCAUCAUGGAUGCUCAGCUCGCUCUUGAUAUGGGUGUGCCCAUCUACGGUGUGCUUGGCUUCACUGCUACAGCCACUGACAAGAUUGGUCGUUCCGUGCCAGCUCCUGGUCAGGGUGUCUUGACCACUGCCCGUGAGCAGCCAAGCAAGUUCCCAUCGCCACUCCUUGACAUCAAGUACAGGAAGCGACAGAUGGACCUUCGCCGCAAGGCGAUCAAGAACUGGCAAGAGUCUGAGCUCAUGUACUUGCAGGAAGAGGUCGCGGCCAUGAAGCAACAGAGUACCGAGGAGUUCAGCGAGUCUGAAUACAUGGCAGACCGCGCAGGCCACAUCGAACGCGAGGCCCGACGACAGGAGAAGGAUGCUCUGCGACAGCUGGGCAACAACUUCUGGAAGCAAGACUCUCGCAUUGCGCCACUUCGAGGUGCACUUGCCACUUGGGGCUUGACCAUCGAUGAUCUCGAUGUCGCCUCGUUCCACGGUACCUCGACCGUCGCCAACGACAAGAACGAGUCCGAUGUCAUCUGCCAGCAGAUGAAGCAUCUCGGUCGCAAGAAGGGCAACGCCCUGCUCGGUAUCUUCCAGAAGUACUUGACUGGUCACCCCAAAGGUGCUGCUGGUGCAUGGAUGUUCAACGGCUGUCUGCAGGUGCUCAACACGGGUCUCGUGCCUGGUAACAGGAACGCCGACAACGUCGACAAGGUCAUGGAGAAGUUUGACUACAUUGUCUACCCAAGCCAAAGCAUCCAGACUGAUGGCAUCAAGGCCUUCUCGGUCACAUCCUUCGGUUUCGGUCAAAAGGGUGCACAAGCGAUCGGUAUCCACCCCAAGUACCUGUUCGCUACCUUGGACCAGACCCAGUUCCAGACAUACAAGCAGAAGGUCGAGGCUCGCCAGAAGAAGGCAUACAGGUACUUCCACGACGGCCUCAUUAACAACACCAUGUUCCGCGCCAAGAGCAAGUCGCCAUACGAGGACGCACAGCAGAGCCAGGUCUUCCUCAACCCAGAUGCUCGCGUCUCUGCAGACAAGAAGAGCGCCGAGUUCACCUACCCAAAGAAGUCGCCUGUCAAGCCAACUGACAAGAACACCACCGAAAUGGUCGAGACCUUGAUGAAGGUCAAUGCAUCUGCCAACUCGAAUCCAGGUGUCGACAUUGAGAGUAUCGACGCGAUUGACAUCACGAACGAUACCUUCAUUGAGCGCAACUUCACACCGGCUGAGAUCGCAUACUGCCGCAAGGCGUCUUCACCUCAAGCCAGCUUCGUCGGCAGGUGGAGCGCGAAGGAGGCUAUCUUCAAGAGCUUGAAGGUCGCCAGCCAGGGAGCCGGCCAGCCUAUGAAGGAGAUUGAGAUCGUCGCUGAUGAGUCUGGCGCGCCUCAGGUGACUCUACACGGCCAAGCCAAAGAAGCCGCCUCGAAGGCCGGCGUUAAGUCGACGACUGUGUCCAUCAGCCACAGUGACGCUCAGGUCAUCGCCGUGGCGAUCUCGGCUUUUUGA